UAAAUAUUAUUGAAUAAUUUGAUAGUAUGCCUGUUUUCUAAAUUUUAAGUAUGCUAAUUAUUCUACUUCAUAAACAAGUUAUUUAUGUUACGAAAGCCAGGUCACUCACAAGCGGUAGCCUACCUUAUUUGAAAUCUACCAAAAAGUGAAUGCAUUAGGGUCAGAUAUCAAGGUUUAGGCAAUUCUAUAUUAUUAAAAAAGAAAAGGAAAAUUAUUUGCAAUAGCAUACAUAAAAAUAAUACCUCUAUAAUUCUUGUAAAAAUAAAAAGAGCUUGGUCUCGAGGAGGAACUUCUAUUUAUAUUCAGGACCAAAAUCUUGGCUUACCAAAAGAAACAUAAGUGAAAAUUAUUGUGAACAAGUUUAAGGACACUUUGUGGAGCUGGUAAGUUACUAGUAAAAUUAUGCUAUUUUUUAUCUAAAUAUAGAAGAAAUAGUGAUUUUAUAGAAUCAUAAAACCCAUUUAUUAAAGUAAUUAUAUGUGGCUACUUUUUGAGGAAUUUUAAAUACAAAUAGCAAAUCAGUAGAGUUUGUGAUUAGUGCAAUUCUGGCCCUAUUGCCAUUUUUAUGAUAAAUAAUAAGGAGAAUUG